AUGGUCUUCGACGCUGCUCUCGCACAGACGCAAAUGUUGGAUGAGCUGGAUGAGCUCUUGACUCUAAUCAAAUUGUCAGAAAGCAAGAGAAGUGCCUCGCAAAAUGAGAGAGUGGAAGAGAUCCUAAGAUCUGUAAGGGAGCGGAGCGAGAGGGCUGCCGCCAGUAUCUACACUCUUCGCGCCUCAAACAAGCAGGCUACAGAGGUCUAUGGCCGGGUAUUGAGUAGCAUCUGGGCACAGGUGAAGGAAAACCCAAGCACGUGUAGAUUUGAUACUGAAGUCACUCUCUUGCAGGCACCUUUCACGAUGGACGCCGCCCAUGUGCGCUCCCAAUCUACCAGCAGACGCAAGCGAGUGCACCACCGAGUUAAGUUUCGAUGGACUGGCUCUUAAGCUGAGCGUGAGCGCGCCAUUGGUGAUGAAAGCUUCAGCAGCAGGAGUGCUAAUCAUGAAUGCGCCUUGCCAACCAAUCACAGGCCGCAACCUUGAACGCUCAGGGACAUCAGCGCUUUCAACAGUUCAGAAACUGGCGCAACGUCAAAAAGGUCAGCCAAGAGAUGCAGAUGGACAGCACAGGAGAGCCUGCAGAUGUCAGAGAGGCUGCGCAGGCCAAACAGAAUCCCAUUGCUACUGUUGGACAAGCGUAA